AAAUGAUUGAUUGAAUAAUUUUGACGAAAAGGACUUUGCGAACUUUUUAUAACACCGUGAAACAACUAAAAAAUAGCAUCGCUGGACGAUGAUAGCAGAAAUAGAUACGAUGGAAACGUAGGAAUAUAUAUAAUGACGGCGAUAAUAAACUCCUUUUCGUGAUAAUAGCUAUUAUUUUGAGAGAAUAUUAGGAGGAAACCCUAACAACUUUACAAGAGCCGGGCCGAGAGAGGAGAGGAGCAACCCCGCGGAAGUAUGAGGAGCGCGCGAGGUGUCAAACUGCCCCGGACCAGCGGGGUAGAGCUCCCAGGAAAAUUACGAUGGAAUAACGGAUGUUGGAAACUGAUUAUUAUUUUGGUUUCCGUUGCCAUCCUCGAAAUUAAUACCGUAUCAGGAGCAUGUGACUGUGAGAAUGACUGUGCAUCCAGCUGUACUGCGGGUCAGUAUUGGGAUAGCAAUGCCACAGCAUGCUUCGAAUGUCCACCAGGAUAUCAUUGUGCUGGUGGAGCGGAUCCAAGAUUACCAUGUUCGGCAGGAACCUAUAAUAGCCUUGCUAGCCAGUCAUCUGACUCAGCUUGUAUGGACUGCUCAGCAGGAACAUACAGUCUGGAUGCAGCUGAGUUCUGUGAAUGGUGUCCGGCCGGUUAUUCGUGCCCAGUAGCUGGUCUCUCUGAACCGAUAAUGUGUGGGGAAGGUCAAUACUCCUUCAACGGGAGCUCCUCCUGUCUCCAGUGUCCUCCUGGUCACAAGUGCCCCUCCAUCUACCAGGAUCCCAUCAUUUGUGAGGAGGGGUACUACUCCAGCGGGGAGGGGCAGACGGAAUGCCAGGAGUGCCCUGCGGGCUACGCCUGCCCGGAUCGUAACAGCACCGUGGCCUGUACGGCUGGGUAUUUUAGCAGGCUAGGGGACGGGACCUGUAGUUCCUGUGAGCAGGGGUAUUAUAGUGAGGAGGCUGCUUCUUCCUGCCUACCCUGCCCUGAAGGCUAUUCCUGCACCGACCCCUCGCAAGACCCAGCCGCCUGCUCAAAGGGGUACAUCGCACCCCUUGGCUCUGACAACUGCACCCGCUGUGCCUACAACGAGAUCACCAAUGCUGCCCAGACGGAUUGCGUGCCGUGCCCCGCCGGGCAGGAGUGCUCCGACCCUACAGUCGACCCGGUGGACUGCGCGAGUGGGCAAUACGCUCUUCUAGGAGAUGGCGUCUGUCAGAGUUGUCCCGCCGGGAGCAGGUGCCCGUCAGUCAGCACCAUCGAGGAUUGUCCGCCAGGAACCUACUCAAGCGGGGGAGCCACUGACUGUCUGUCAUGCCCUGCCGGUCAUAGCUGUACCAACUCUUCAGCUUCACAGUGUGGUAGCGGAGAAUACAGCCCACUUGGAGAUGUCAACUGCUACAGCUGUUCCGCUGGUUUCUACUGCACACCUCUCGCUGGCUCUCAGACAGCUUGCCCCGACGGCUACUACUCCGGGGCCAACGCGACAUCCUGUACGGAGUGCCCACCGGGCUACCAGUGUACUUCCACGGUUGCCCAGGAGUGUGCAGUGGGGUAUUACUCUCUAGGACAGGCCAGUGCCUGCUUGCCUUGCCCCAGAGGAUACCAAUGCAAUGUUACCAACGCUGCCCCAGUAAGAUGCACUAACGGAUGGUAUGCGGAUGCUACGCUUCAGACAUACUGCCUUCAGUGUGACGCGGGUUAUUACUGUGAUAGUGAUGGAACACAGUUGCCUCAGCCAUGUGACAGCGGUCAGUAUAGUUUAGCUGGAAGUACGCAAUGUACGGACUGUCCGCCUGGGUUUGCCUGCCCCGAUAAGACCUUAGACGAUAUGGAAGAAUGUCAGCCAGGAUGGUAUGCGACGGGAAAGGCAACAGAAUGUACGCCAUGUACAUCAGGGAAAUACUGCACCGAUACAAGAACCAACUCUGAAAUCGACUGCGACCUCGGCACAUACUCUUACACAAAUGCCAGCUCCUGCGUCGUCUGCGACGCUGGGUACGAAUGCCCCAACACCGACGGAUCCGACAUGCGAGAGUGCAUGCCCGGGGAAUACAGUACAAGCGGCAGUGCCGCGUGCCUUAGCUGUCAAGCAGGAUACGAGUGUCCCGAUCCUACGAUGGACUAUAAAAAACCUUGUAAUCCCGGACUAUACUCGAUCGGUCAACAAGCUGCAUGUACAGGAUGUCCAGCUGGAUCAUUCUGUCCAGUGACAGUGGCAGCGACAGAGAUAUUUUGCGAUCCAGGCUACUACUCCCUUGGCAACGCUUCUGUUUGUACACCUUGCCCUGCUGGGUAUAAAUGCCCGAGCACAUCAGAGGCUCCGACCGACGACGACCGGUGUGAACCAGGUACCUAUUCACUCGGUACCCAAGCCGCUUGCACCGACUGUCCUCCUGGCUUCUUCUGCUCGGAUGUAACCAGCGAUGAGACACCAUGCGCCGAAGGAUACUACAGCUCCAUUAGACAGGUCAACUGCACCAUCUGUGAGGCAGGGUACCAGUGUUCAUCGACAAAAACUCCUGUUAUCUGCCCGCCCGGGAAGUGGUCUCCGGAGGGGUCCGUCUACUGCCGAGAUUGUUCGAGAGGGUAUACCUGCGAUGAGGGCGCUACGAGCUGGGCUCCGGAUGCUGAUAUCUGUGAACCUGGGGGAUGGUGUGAUGGAACGGAUCGCUUUGAUUGUCCUUUGGGUACCUACAACCCCAACAACGGUUCUAAGACGGUGGCCGAGUGCAGAGCCUGCCCACCAGGUUUUUACUGCGACACGGCUGGAUUAGUAGACUAUACAUCUUUCAACUGUCCCACCGGACACUAUUGCCCGGAAGGAACAACUUACUCAACCCGCUUUCCAUGUCCUGGCGGUACUUACAAUGAUCUUGUCAACCAGUCAUCAGAGGUUUUGGCCUGUCAGACAUGCCCAGCUGGAUACUAUUGCCCUGAGGGAAGUUCUGCUGCAGAGGAUGUCUGUCCAGCUGGAUUUUACUGCCUAGCUGGCCAGUAUUCAGGCUUUCAGAAUCCGUGUCCACUUGGAACCUAUGGCCCGGAUGAAGGGUACGAGAACAUGACCCAGUGCGUCGACUGCCCGGCAGGUCACUACUGUCCCUAUGGGAGCGACAACUCGCCCACGACUGCCGCAGUCGCCUGCGAGCCAGGGACGUACAACCCUGAUGAAAAGUCUGGCCAUGCCUACAACUGUCGGCUUUGUGAUGCAGGAAGAUCCUGCCCAGUUCCCGGGCUGACCAACAGCUCCCAUCCUUGCAAAGAAGGAUACUACUGUCCGAAUGGAACCAUCACUGAUGACCAGUUCCCUUGUGGUGAAGGGUCAUACACCGGCUCAACCAGCUUGACCUCUCCUGAUGAAUGCUCACCUUGCCCAGAAGGAACCUAUUGCUCAUGGGGAACAGGAGAAACAAUCAACCCACCUAAGCCAUGCAAGCCUGGCUAUUACUGCCCGCUCCAGACCCCUAGCCCUGACCGGUACCCAUGUUUGGCCGGAACGUUCUCCUUCUCGUCCAACCUCUCCAGGGCAGACCAGUGUGAUCCAUGUACUCCUGGCUAUUACUGCCUCGGUGGAGGAGCAACAGAAGACGAUGUAUGUCCACCCGGGUACUACUGCCCAGAAGGGACGGAGUUUGCUGAGCAGUACGGCUGCCCCAACGGGACCUACAACACAGAGUAUCAAAGACACAAUGUAUCACAGUGUAUGACCUGUCCACAGGGUUCUUAUUGUGAGUACGGUGCAGUCAACCCUAUUGAGUGCCCUGCUGGAACCUACAUGCCUUACGGUGUGGAUACCAACGGUACCCUCUAUGGUUCACCAGCCAAAUACCAAGACAACUGCAUGGACUGCCCCGGCGGUUCCUACUGCUCCGCCAACACCAUAUAUCCGUACGAUUGCGGUACUGGAACCUUCUCCAAGCCGGGGAAGAGCAGUUGCGAGACGUGCGAAGCGGGGUACUACUGCGACAACGUGACGACUUCGUACACUGAUAUGACGACGAACAAGCGGUGCCCGGCAGGGUUGUACUGCACCACGGGUCUUAACGGCCUGGAUGAAGCGGUGAAUUGCAGUGUCAGUCACUACUGUCCUGAAGCCACGCCCGAGGAGCUCAACUGCCCUGUCGGUACCUACAAUCCCUCUGUCGGUAUCGGUGCCAUCACCGACUGCACCGCUUGUGACGCCGGCUAUUACUGCUUGGAGGGUAUCUCAACACCGACGGCGCCGUGUAGUGUGGGCUUCUACUGCCCAACCAACAUUGCCAAUGUCUAUGCUUCCUCACCGCCGCUCAUCGGAUCCUAUGGACCAGAACAGGUUGCUUGUCCGGCGGGAACUUACCGAGACACCACAGGAGCUCGCUUCGUCGAGGACUGCAUCCCUUGUCCAGCUGGGGAAUACUGUACCCAGGGCAUUGCCAAUGGUAUCGUCUGCCCUCGAGGGUACUACUGCCCGGACAACUCAACGGCACCUGUCCCUUGCGCUGCUGGCCGAUAUGGAAAUGAUACAGGCGCUCAAGCAUUGACCGACUGUCCGCUCUGUGAUCCUGGAUGGUACUGCGAUGCUCCGGGUCUCCAGACCCCCCGGGCCCAGUGCGACCCGGGUUACCUGUGCUACGAAGGGGCGUACACUUCCACCCCGACGGAUGGGGUUACGGGAGAGCUGUGUCCUGCCGGAGGCUUCUGUGUGACAGGCUCAUUCAUCAGUGCGCCCUGUCCGCCAGGAACCUAUAGUAAUGUAUCCGGAGCCGUCGAUGCGCAGGGAUGCGAGGACUGUGACCCAGGAUUUUACUGCAGCAACGCAAGAACUCCAGAACCCACUGGGCCGUGUAACCCUGGGUACUACUGUACUGGUGGAUCGAGCACGCCUAACCAGACAGUCACGCAGCCGGGGUACUACUCGCCCUCUGGAUCCACGCAGCCGUUCCCCUGUGCUCAGGGCACCUACAUGCCCUUCGACAGGGCUGGGUCCUGCUUGACCUGUGAGGCGGGGUACUACUGCGAGGAAGAGGCCAUGACCAACAUGACAAGAUGCCCUGCAGGUGCCUUCUGUCCUGAGGGUUCUAUUGUCUACUCUCUGUGUCCCACCGGAACCUACUCCAACCUCACCUAUCAAAUCCACGAAGACAACUGUACCAUCUGCCCUACUGGUUACUACUGCGAUGAUCGGGGCGCCAUCCAACCGACGGCCAAGUGCUCUGCUGGCCAUAUUUGCUAUGAAGGAGGCCUGUACGCUACUCCAGUCUACAACAAUGAUUCCUCGGAUGGUCAAGUCAUAGUGACGUGGGGUGACCAAUGUCGCACCGGUCACUACUGUCCACUAGGAACUACCCUGAUGGUAGAAUGUCCCCCAGGAACCUUCCUGACCUACCAAGGAGCUGCGUCGAUCGAUGAAUGCGUUUCCUGUAAUCCUGGGAAGUACUGCGAGAUGGCCGGUGAAUCACAAGAAACAGGUGACUGUUUCGAGGGUUACUAUUGCAUCGGUGGCGCUAUACGAGGUGAUCCGCAUGACAACGUGACUGGUCAGAUCUGUCCUGAGCGGUACCACUGUCCCUUGGGGUCGUCUGUUCCGAUCGUGUGUGAGGAAGGGACGUACUCCAAUACGACCGGUCUCUCAGCUUGUCUAGAUUGCCCGGCUGGAAUGUACUGCCAGCCAGAUAAUGACCCAGUGCCCUGUCCACAAGGUUUUUACUGUCUGGGGGGAGCCAGUUCGGGCAACGAUCCUAGACCUUGCUUGAAGGGUUACUUUGGAAACAGAGAAGGGCUGAUAGCUGAGUCAGAGUGUACUGAGUGCCUUGCAGGUCACUACUGCGAAGAGGAUGGCCUGGCUAACGUGACCGGUCCCACAGCCGCUGGCUUCUACUCCAAGCAGCUGGCCUAUCAAGCCGGUCCUUUUGACAUCACCACCAGUACUGAUUACAGUGUAUGUCCCUUGGGAUACUACUGCCCAGAGGGAAGCGGAUACCCGACACCUUGUCCGAAGGGACGAUUCGGAGCUACGCAGCAGCUGGAGGCUGAGACCGACUGCACGCUCUGUACUGCAGGUGAAUACUGUCCAAACACCACAAUGACAGCCACAGCUGGACAAUGUUCUCCGGGAUGGUACUGCAUUGAAGGUGCCACUAAGAGUAUGCCUACAGACCCCGCUGAGGGAGGAGAGUGCCCAACUGGUCAUUUCUGCGUCGCCGGGUCAGACUCGCCGUCACCGUGCAUCGCCGGAAGAUACAACAACGAGACGGGCCGCUUCAAUUGUCGCAGCUGUCCCAUCGGGUUCUACUGCACUCAGAACACGACGGUACCCGAGGAGUGCAAUCCAGGUUACUACUGUCCUCUAGAGACGGCGACAUGGGACGAGCACCCGUGCCCUGAAGGGACGUUUAACAACCUGACUGGACGAUCGGAAGAGAGCGAUUGUAUUCUUUGUUCACCAGGCACAUACUGCGAGCUGCCCGGCCUGUCCUUGCCCACCGCCGAAUGUGACGAGGGCUGGUACUGCAUCAACGGAUCUCAGUUCUCUAAACCGACUGACCCGUCUCAGGGUGGUCAGUGUCCAGUUGGUCACUACUGCCCCCAGGGGUCAGUCUACCCGAUCUCCUGCCUGCCAGGGAUGUACUGCGAUGUGGUGGAGCUGGCUUACCCGGCCGGGAACUGCAGCGCUGGGCAUUACUGCACGGGUGGAGCUGAGACACCAAGUCCUGAGGGAGUUGCGUCAGGUGAUGUGUGUCCGAGUGGUCACUACUGCCCAGAAGGAAGCGAAGAGCCACAGGAAUGUCCACCAGGGACAUUCUUGAAUACAACACAAAAUCAAGCCCUGUCCGACUGUCUGGAUUGCCCUGCGGGUAUGUACUGCUCAGGAUACGCCAACAGUCACCCAACGGCUCAGUGUGACCAAGGCUACUACUGCCCCUCUGGACAGAACAUCUCUUCUCCGUACGAGUACCGCUGCCCCCAGGGACACUACUGUCCUCUCGGGAGCCCGGAGGCGAUCCGUUGCCUCUCGGGUUAUUACCAGGACGAGGAGUUCCAGGAGGACUGUAAGACGUGUCCUGCGGGAUUCUAUUGCGAUAAUCGCCUGGAGCCGGUGGUCCUCUACCAGAACUCGACUUGCCCUGAAGGUUCCUACUGCCCGGCUGGGACCCGUUAUCACAAUGAAUUCAAGUGUCCUCUCGGAACCUUUAGCAAUGUGACUGGUCUCAACAUGAGCUCUCAGUGUAGCCCUUGUACCGGAGGCUUCUAUUGCGGAGAGUUGGGUCUGACUGAAGCCACUACACCUUGUGCUGCUGGGUAUUUCUGCCGUCAGUAUGCUGAGAUAAGUACGCCCAACCAGACGACCGAUGCCAACGUUUGUCCGGCUGGUUUCUACUGUCCCGAGGGAACGACUGAGCCAGAGGCAUGCCCACCGGGAACCUACUCUGAUGUCCUCCAGAAGGAGAGCGAGGAUCAGUGUCUAAACUGUACCAAAGGUUGGUUCUGCAAUGACUAUGGUCUCACUGAGCCAUACGGUGAAUGCUAUGAGAGUUACUACUGUCCUUCGGGAUCCUCUAGACCUGAUCAAGUCGAGUGCCCUGCAGGAUAUUACUGUAUGAAUGGAACGUUUGAUCCGACUCCUUGCCCUGCAGGUCGUUAUUCCAAUGACACCAUGAAGGCCUCUGCUACAGACUGCUACCCGUGUACUGGAGGGACGUACUGCGAGACAGAUGGUCUAACAGAACCUACAGGUCCCUGUGGCGAAGGAUAUUACUGUCCACCCGGUACUGUCCAUCGAGAGCCCAACGACACCUUCUGUCCGAUCGGUCACUACUGUCCGGAGGGAGUGUCCUACCCGAUACCUUGUGCCAACAAUACCUACGUGAACUACACCCAUGCUGCCUCCUGCAACCCAUGUCCUGCAGGAUUCCACUGCCAAUCUGCAGGGGUGCAGGAGAUAUGUCCUGCAGGAUACUUCUGCCCCGAAGGAACAGGCUACGACAUCAUGGCGUGUCCCAGAGGAACCUACAGCAACCAGGAAGGACUCUACGAGGUCGGCCAAUGUCUUCCCUGCACUGCGGGAUACUACUGUGAGCAAGAACAUCUCGAUUGGCCUACAGCUGAGUGUGACCCUGGGCACUUCUGCGUCUAUGGCGUUGACCGCGCCCAGCCGGACGGGAACAACGACACGUGUCCUGCAUCGAACAACGCAUCGUGUGCAUACUAUGAUGCACAUCAGACGGGUUAUGGAGGUGUGUGCCCUGUAGGGCACUACUGCCCUCAAGGUACUACCUUGCCAAUACCUUGUCCGAAUGGGACGUAUGCUGCCAGCGAGGGGCUCGCAGAGUGUGUAACUUGUGAAGAAGGCUACUACUGUCCGGAGGGAUCGUCCAGUUAUGAGAUCAACCCUUGUCCAUCGGGUCACUACUGCCCAGCGGGUACCUACUACGGAGAGCAGUACCAAUGCAUGGCUGGGACUUUCAACAAUCAGACGAUGAGCAAGAAUUCAUCUGCUUGUAUACCCUGUACAGCCGGCUAUUACUGCCCAAGCCCCGCCAUGAACUGGCCAAUGGGCGAAUGCGAGGGUGGGUACUACUGCCCCGGGGGUGACGAUGACCCCACCCCGUCCACCUACUGCACCAUGGGAUACUACUGUCCCCAGGGGUCGGCCCUACCCCUUCCCUGCCCUGGUGGGGAGUACUGUGCUGAGGACAUGAUGAGUAAUACGUCGGGUCUCUGUGAUGCUGGAUACUACUGCUUCUCCAAAGCGAUUUCGGCGACACCCAAUGAUGGAAAUGCCACAGGCGACGAGUGCCCUAUGGGUGCUUACUGCCCAAUGGGCAGCGACUCGCCGAUCCUCUGUGGCUCCGGCACAUUCCUGAACAGCACCCGCAACGACAUGGAGUCAGACUGCCUCGACUGUAUCCCCGGAUCAUACUGUGCCGGCAGUGGUAACGUGGUACCGACAGACGAGUGCUGGCCAGGGUACUACUGCCCGGCUGGACAGAGCGAGGCUACGCCGGCUGAGUACAACUGCACGCUAGGCCAUUACUGCCCACGAGGGAGCCCUUCACCUAUCCGUUGUAUUUCCGGCGAAUACCAGGACGAGGCCGGCCAGUCAUCCUGCAAGGAUUGCCCCACAGGGUUCUUCUGUGAUAGCACCAUGGAACCAGUGGUUCUCUUCAACGAUUCUUACUGUCCACAAGGUUACUACUGCCCUCUGAAUACAGAGUAUGCCACGCAGUAUGCCUGCCCUCAAGGAACCUUCAACAACCUGACCCACAGGAUAGAGAUAGAUGAUUGCCAACAGUGCUCUGGAGGAUUCUACUGCGAUCAGGAAGGUCUUGAAGAACCGGUUGCACCUUGUACUGCAGGAUACUACUGUAAACUUGGAUCCAACUCCUCCACACCUACUUUCGAUGAUGACAACAACGAAUGUCCAGUCGGACAUUACUGCGUCGAAGGGUCAGCCCAACCCCAGGCAUGUCCUCCGGGCACCUACAAUCCAUCGGUCAGACGUGAGGCGGUCAGCGAGUGCCUGAACUGCACCGGUGGACGCUACUGUCCAGACUAUGGCAUGAAUGCGACUGGACCCUUAUGUGGUGCUGGUUUUUACUGUGAAUCUGGAGCUGACGUUGCAACCUUCGUGCAGUGUCCGGCUGGAAGCUACUGCCCCGAGGGAUCUACUCUGCCCAGUCUAUGUGAUCCAGGCUCUUGGUCGGAUCAACCGGGUCUUACCGCUCAGGAAGAAUGCUUCAACUGCACAGCUGGUUUCUUCUGCCCAGCGAGCGGCCAGACCGCCGCCACCGACGAAUGCUGGGGAGGAUGGUACUGCCCUGUCGGUCAGAGCCAGCCCAACCCUCCAGACUACCUCUGCCCGAUCGGAGUCCACUGCCCCAACGGCAGCGAGAUCUACCUCUCGUGCCCCAGCGGAUUCUACGCUAACUAUUCUGGAGCUUCGGAGUGCCAUGAGUGUCCCGAGAAGUACUACUGCACUCCCGUCGGUCCCGCUAACGCCUCGAUGAAUGCACAGCCGUGCCCUGCGGGAUACUACUGCCCUGCCGGCACUGGUCUUGACUGGCAACCAUGUCCAGCUGGUACCUAUAGCCCUGAUGAAGGGUUGGCCGGUCAAGGAGAAUGUCUGCCUUGUGAUGGCGGUCAGUAUUGUAUGGGGUCUCAUCUCACAGAAACAUCAGGGAACUGCUCUGCAGGUUACUACUGUACGUCUGGUGUCGAUAGGCCAGACCCUGGGACCGACAACGAGACCUUGGUCAACUCGACAUGUGCUUGCCCGGAACAGACAUACUUCACCGGUGAAGGAGGAAUCUGUCCGAUCGGUCAUUACUGUCCUGAGGGGUCAUCUCUGCCGAUCCCAUGCGAGGCCGGAACCUACAACAGUCUCACGCAACAGCCUGAGUGUAUGGUGUGUCCUGAAGGCUACUACUGCAUGGCCAAUGCUACAGAGUUCUCUAGUACACCAUGUCUGCCAGGUCAGUACUGUCCCAACGGAACGACCCAUGCCUACGAGUUCCGUUGCCCACCAGGAACCUACCAACCCCAGUAUAAUGCCAAGUCAAUGGACGAGUGCCUAGCCUGUCCCGGAGGUCGCUACUGCGCUGGGUACGGUAACAGUAACUACACAGGAGAGUGUGACGAGGGCUGGUACUGCACAGAGAGCGCCUACACUCCAAAUGGGACUGACAACGGUGGAGAAUGUCAACCAGGGUUCUAUUGCCCAAUGGGCUCUGAUGCACCUGUCCCAUGCACCCCUGGCUCCUACUGUGACAUCGCUGGCCUUCCCGCCCCCACGGACAUGUGUGCCCCAGGGUUCUACUGCACCCUGGCUGCGACGACGCCCACGCCCCUGGACGGAUCGACCGGGGAUGAAUGCCCGGCUGGGUUCUACUGCGGGGAGGGGUCUUCCUAUCCUCUGGCCUGUCCCCUGGGGACGUACAGCCCCUCCCUUAGGAAUGAGAACGUCACGGACUGUCUGGAUUGCACACAUGGACAAUACUGCGGAGAUCAUAAUUUGACAGCGCCCUCAGGUAAUUGCAGCCGAGGAUUCUACUGUACGCCCGGCCAGCAGGUAGCGGAUGCAGUCCCUUGCCCUGUUGGCUUCUACUGUCCUGAGAUGACCUUUGACCCCAUCCUGUGUCCAGGCGGAACUUACCAAACUGAAGAAGGCCAGUGGACGUGUGAUACGUGCCCAGAGGGGUACUAUUGUGAUAAUUCAAACGGUGUUGUCACAGCAAACAUCACUUGCCCAGCUGGCUAUUACUGCCCAGCGGGUACUACCAGAGCCGAUGAAUUCCCUUGCCCUACCGGCACCUAUGGCAAUGAGACGGGAUAUGCACGGGAAUCGCAGUGUACUGCUUGUACAGGUGGGUAUUACUGUGAAGAAGUAGGACUGACAUCUCCCAGUGAUCUAUGCAACGCUGGAUAUUACUGCAGACAGUACGCUAACACAUCUACACCGGAUCUAGGAUAUGAUGCCGACGUCUGCCCUGCAGGUUUCUACUGUCCAGAAGGCACAUCCGAGCCGUACCAGUGCCCCGCCGGUACUUUCAGCAAUCAAAUGGGUCUACACAAUGUUACGCAGUGUACACAAUGUCUAGCUGGAUACUACUGUGAGAGUGUCAAUCUCACUGACACUGAAGGUAAGGUGUUAUUUAGUCUUGGUGUUAUUACUUGUACACAGUGUCUAGCUGGAUACUACUGUGAGAGUGUCAAUCUCACUGACACUGAAGGUAAGGUGUUAUUUAGUCUUGGUGUUAUUACUUGUACACAGUGUCUAGCUGGAUACUACUGUGAGAGUGUCAAUCUCACUGACACUGAAGGUAAGGUGUUAUUUAGUCUUGGUGUUAUUACUUGUACACAGUGUCUAGCUGGAUACUACUGUGAGAGUGUCAAUCUCACUGACACUGAAGGCCUCUGCCAAGAAGGGUUCUACUGCCCUCUGGGGUCUUCGUCACGCACAGAGAUGACCUGUACGGAGGGUCACUAUUGUCCAGAGGGGUCACCUUCACCCACUGGAUGUCCAGAGGGGACCUUUAACCCCUACCAAGGUCAGAUAGAGGUCGGUGACUGCACUGAUUGUACGCCAGGCAGUUACUGCGAAACACAAGGUCUUGUUGAGCCAACUGGUCCAUGUGAGCCUGGAUACUACUGUCCAGCUGGUCAGAACUCAUCCAGACCGUACGACUACCCCUGUACGGUCAGUCAUUACUGCCCGCUCAACUCCACCGAGCCGCUGCUAUGCGAGAACGGAACGUACAUGAAUCAGACGCACGCAUCAGAGUGUUUCAUUUGCCCUGCAGGAUGGUAUUGUGUGCUUGGGGACCUCAUAGCGAUGUGUCCGGAAGGCUACUACUGCCCAGACGGAACCGGUAUCGACUGGCAGCCUUGCCCCCGUGGAACCUAUAACAAUGAUACCGGUCUCUCUGAAGAGCUAGAAUGUAGGCAAUGUCCUGGUGGUUAUUACUGUGGAGAGGUGGCUCAGACUGAUUACAUAACAGAAUGUGAUCCAGGUUUUUACUGCGAAUACGGUGUAGACCGAGCCGACCCCAACGGCAACAACAACUCCACCCUGGUAAACGCAUCCUGCGCCGUCCUCGGCGAACACACCGGUGUCGGCGGCAUCUGCCCCGAGGGGUCAUACUGCCCUCGGGGGUCCAAUCAACCGAUAGAAUGCGAAGCUGGGUCGUUCGCUAAUACUACGGGAUUAGAGGCAUGCUGGGAUUGCCCGGCCGGGUACUACUGUCUUGAAGGUGCGGUCACCUACGAGGACACGCCCUGUCCAGAGGGUCACUAUUGUCCGAUCGGCACGACUUCCAUCUACGAGUACCCCUGCCCAGACGGGACGUACUACAACACUACACAUGCUACUGAGAUGAGUGACUGUAUUGCCUGUCCAGGAGGGUACUACUGUGAGAUUGAUGGACUGGGGUACCCGACCGGACCUUGCUCUCCAGGUUGGUACUGCUCCGGUAACUCCUCAUCGUCCAUGACAACGACCCACGGGGGAGAAUGUCAGCCCGGUACCUUCUGCCCUGAAGCAUCUUAUGCUCCUACUCAAUGCACUCCAGGGAUGUACUGCCAAACCGCUGGUCUGGACACACCGACUGGUAAUUGCUCCCAAGGAUUCUACUGCACCCUUGGCGCAUCAGAUCCUGACCCGCGUGACAACGUGACCGGGGCCAUCUGCCCUGUAGGUCACUACUGCCCCGAGGGUAGCCCCGCCCCGAUCCCUUGCCCCACUGGCUACUACCUGGAUUCUGAAGAGAACAGUGCUAUGGGCGACUGCUUGUCCUGUCCAUUGGGCGAGUUCUGUCCUGGUGUGGGACGGGAGACGUCGGCUGGACAGUGUGAUGCAGGGUUCUACUGCCCAGGUGGACAGAAUGUUUCUGCACCAGCUGAAUAUGUCUGUCCUGAAGGCUACUUCUGCGAGGCGGGAAGCUUUGAGCCUCAGAUCUGCGAGAACGGCACCUUCCAGAAUGAGAUCGGCCAGAGCUCCUGCAAGCAAUGUCCAGCUGGCUACUACUGUGACAACACUCUGGCCCCAGUCGUCCUCAACAUCACUGGCCUAUGUCCAUCCGGUCACUAUUGUCCAGCGGGUACAAGAUACGCUGUUGAGUUCCCCUGCCCGAUCGGAACAUUCAAUAACCAAACAGGAUUGACGGAGGAAAGCCUUUGCAGCCCAUGUCUCGGUGGAUAUUACUGCCCCACCCCAGGGAUGGUUUACCCCGAGGAGGAAUGCGAUGCAGGAUUCUUCUGCAAGCAGUAUGCAAACAUCUCGGCACCGGACCAAGGUGAUGAUGCCAAUGAGUGCACCCCUGGUCACUACUGCCCCCAGGGGACCUCCGACCCUGUCCCCUGUCCUAAGGGCUCCUUCAGCAACGAGUAUGGCUUACAGGCCGAAGGAGAUUGCGAGCUGUGCACCCCGGGCCACUACUGCUCGGAGAUUGGACAAACCAACACCUCGGGAUUAUGCUUCGAAGGAUUUUACUGUGAGCUUGGUUCAUGGGACGCGACCAACGUCUCGUGUCCAGUGGGUAAUUACUGCCCUCUAGGAUCACCUACGCCCGAGCCAUGUCCGCAGGGCACCUACAGUAACACUAUGGAGAGGUGGAAUGUCACCCAGUGCGUUGAGUGCGAUGAAGGAUGGUACUGUAAUGACACAGGUCUGUCCGCACCAGUAGGGGAAUGCGAUGCUGGUUUCUACUGCCCACCGGGACAGAGUGUCCCCAACCCCACCGACUACCCAUGUAGCAUCGGGUUGCAUUGCCCCGUUGGUAGCGCUCUACCAGUCCCCUGCGCUCCUGGUACCUUCACAAACCUCACCCAGGCUCCCGAGUGUCUGGAGUGUCCCGCAGGAUUCUACUGUGUACCCGAAGAAGUCAUCGAAGGAAACUCCUCUACCGGGUACAGGGAUUGCCCCCAGGGGUACUUCUGCCCCCCUGGUACCGGAGCUAACUGGACUGCAUGCCCACCGGGGACCUACGGAGCCAGCAAAGGAUUAGAAUAUGAAGAAGACUGUACUGACUGCCCAGGUGGUGAAUACUGUGAUGGUGUCAAUCUGACCAUCCCAUCUGGCCCCUGUGAGGCGGGAUAUUUCUGCACCUAUAGAGUGGACAGGCCAACACCCACAGCAUUCCCCAAUGAUGGAUGUACCUACGCAGGCAACCAUACAGGAUAUGGCGGCGUCUGUCCACUGGGUCACCACUGUCCCGAGGGGUCAGCCCGCCCUCUAGGGUGCUCGGCAGGAACGUACCAGGAUGAAGAAGGGAAAGAAUCGUGCAAGGAGUGCCCGGCUGGCUACUACUGUCUCGCUAACUCGACUACUUAUGAGGAUACCAUAUGUCCAUCUGGUUACUACUGUCCACCCGGUACAACAUAUGACAUCAUGGAGCCCUGUGAAGAGGGAACGUUUAAUAACCUUACUGGUGGUCACAACGAUUCCUGGUGUACUCCAUGUUUACCCGGUACCUACUGCGCCGGUCAGGGUAACCCCGAACCUACUGAUCUCUGUGAUGCGGGAUGGUACUGUAUCAGUGGGUCGUACGAACCGCAGCCAUCGGAUCCUUCCCUUGGUGGAGAGUGCCAAGCUGGUGAAUACUGCCCUCAGGGUUCGUCGGCUCCAAUCACCUGCGAUCCUGGCUGGUACUGUCAUACCUCCGGUCUUCCAGCGCCCCAUGAUAUGUGCACCGCAGGGUACUACUGCACCAAUGGUUCCGUCACACCCACUCCUAUGGGUAGUGGAGGUGAUCGAUGUAGUCCUGGAUACUACUGCCUCGAGGGAAGCUCCGUCGAGGAAGCGUGCCCUCCUGGAACCUACCAGCCAAGUCUGAUGGCUAAGAACAUCACCUACUGUCUUGACUGCCUGGCUGGGAAGUACUGCAACGACAGCGGUCUGUCACAACCAGAAGGGAACUGCUCCAGAGGAUUCUACUGCCCCGGUGGCCAGACCGUCCCGACCCCCAACGAGUACCGAUGUCGCCGUGGUUACUACUGCCAGGAGGACUCUGCGGAGGAGCAGGCAUGUCCGGCCGGGACCUACCAGGAUGAACCUGAGCAAUGGGAGUGCAAGGACUGCCCCGCUGGCUUCUACUGCGACGACACCAAUGGACCCAUCGUCAACUACACAGCUUAUGUUUGCCCAGAAGGUCACUACUGUCCGGAGGGCACCAGAGCAGCCACCUACUACAAGUGCCCCAUCGGAACCUUCAACAACAUCACUGCCAUCUCUAACCAAUCGGAAUGCUCCGACUGCCUCGGAGGUUACUACUGCGGCGAGCCAGGUCUCACGUACCCUCGGACGCUCUGUGCGGCUGGAUACUAUUGUCGCCAGGCGGCCCGCAUCGCGACACCCAGCCAGGGUUACGAUGCGGACGAGUGUCCGGUCGGUCAUUACUGUCUAGAGGGAACUGAAGAACCAAUUGCCUGUCCUUUGGGCACCUUCAGUAAUGAGACUGGCUUGAUGAAUGUUACUGAAUGUGAAUACUGCACACCAGGUUCGUACUGUGAUCAAGUGGCACUGACCGCUCCCGUUGACCUCUGCACGGCCGGCUUCUACUGCGUCCAAGGCUCGGACAACCAGGAGCAGUUUGUCUGUCCUGCUGGACGCUACUGUCCCGAGGGCACUUCAGUCCCUUACAAGUGUCCUGCGGGGACAUUCUCCAACGACACUAGGCUUGUGGAGGAAGCAGAAUGUCGCAACUGCACCGCAGGGUAUUACUGCCAGCAGACGGGACUGUCGGAAGAAGAAGAUCUUUGUACGGCAGGAUACUACUGUCCAGAAGGUUCGUCUAUCCCAGCCCCUAUCGAGUGCCCCAUCGGUCUUCACUGUCCUCUUGGAUCACCGGAGCCCAAGGCAUGCGCUGCAGGUACCUACACCAACCGAACCACGCAGUCAUCAUGCCUAACCUGCCCACAAGGAUUGUACUGCUUGCCUGAGAAUGAGACGAUCGGAAACCCAGAUCUGGAAGCCGGUUAUGCAGACUGCCCAGCAGGCUACUACUGUCCGGCUGGAACCGGUUUGGAUUGGAUGGCCUGCCCAGCUGGCACCUACAGUGACCAGACCAACCUAUACAUGAUCGGGCAGUGCACAGAUUGCCCCGCUGGCUACUACUGCCCUGACCAACACGCCACAAACUACACAGACCUAUGCCACGAGGGUUACUGGUGCAGCUCUGGGGUGGACAGGGGCAAUCCCCACACCCCCGGGACCAACGAGACCUAUAACGACACCUGUCCCCUCCUGGGAGGUUAUACCGGUGUCGGAGGGGUGUGUCCCAGGGGGCACAGGUGUCCGGUAGGGGUGGGCGCGCCCAUCGGGUGUGACACGGGGACGUACCAGGAUAACGAGGGGGAAGGUGACUGCAAGGAUUGUCCGGAAGGUUUCUUCUGCCCUGCCAAUUCCACCGACUAUGACUCCAACAUCUGUCCCGCCGGCUACUACUGCCCAGCUGGCACGGAGCACGGUCAGCAGUUCCCCUGCUGGCCCGGAACAUUUAACAACGCCACCGGUCAAACGUCCAACUCGUCCUGCCUUCCCUGUCUCGGUGGCAUGUAUUGUAUGGGAUACCAUAAUGAAUGGCCAACUAGCAACUGCAGUGAUGGGUGGUACUGUACAUCCGGAGCAUCCAGCCCGAUGCCAAGUGACCCGUCCAUUGGUGGUCAGUGCCAAGCCGGUCAGUACUGUCCGGCUGGGUCAGAGUUGCCUAUUGAUUGUGAUCCAGGAAUGUACUGCCAUAGAGCCGGGCUUGCCUUGCCUCAACUGGAAUGCCAUCCAGGUUAUUACUGCAUCAACGGAGCAUCCCGCGGUGACCCGACUGAUAACAUCACAGGCAAUAUCUGCCCUAUGGGGCAUUUCUGUCCACAAGGCAGCUAUUCUCCCACAGCAUGUGAUAUGGGCUAUUACUUGGAUGCUGAGGGCCAGUCUCAACUUUCAAAUUGCAAGAACUGCACACCAGGUAUGUUCUGUGGCGAGCAAGGCCUACCCUCACCCAGCGGUGAGUGUGAACAAGGAUAUUACUGCCCCGAAGGCCAGUCGACAGCAAAUGCCUCUGCCUUUGCUUGUCCCGAAGGCUACUUCUGCGAGACCGGCAGCCCCGCACCCGAGCCUUGUCCCUCGGGCACCUACCAAGACACCCCAGCCCAGUGGACCUGUAAGACUUGCCCGGAGGGAUUCUACUGCAACGCAACGAUCGGCCCAGUGGUAUGGACCGGGUCCUAUGUUUGCCCCAGUGGGUACUACUGUCCUGCGGGCACCGAGUAUGCGGAGCAGUAUCCCUGCCCCUAUGGAACCUUCAAUAAUAUCACUGGAAUAACCUCAGAGGGCGAUUGUACGGACUGUACCGGAGGCUACGCCUGCAACCAGAUCGGCCUUUCUUAUCCACCGGUCCUGUGCGCUGCAGGUUACUACUGCAGGAAGGGUUCCAACACCACCACACCGACAUACGAUGGGUUUAACAACGAGUGUCCGGCCGGAUCUUACUGCCCGGAGGGAACCGACAGUCCUAUCCACUGCCCGGAAGGGUACUACAGUCCCAACAUGAAGCUGCAGUCUGAAUCAGAAUGCUUGAACUGUACAGAGGGGUUCUACUGUAAUGAGACAGGCAUCACCGAGGUCAGCGGUCCUUGCUCACCACGCUACUACUGCGAGGAGGGGUCAACCACGCCACACAGUAUCAUCUGCCCCGAAGGUCACUACUGUGGCCUUGCGACCCUUGACCCUACGCCUUGCCCCAACGGGACGUUCUUCAACGCCACCGGGAUCGCCACGGAGGAAGAGUGCUUCCAUUGCACACCUGGAUACUACUGCAACGGACUUGGUCUUGUGGAGCCUACAAAUUACUGUGAUCCAGGGUACUACUGCCCUCAAGGGUCAUCAUAUGCCAAGGCCGUCAUCUGUCCAAUUGGCAAGCAUUGUCCUCUUGGAAGUGCAGAACCACAGGACUGCAUCGCUGGAACUUACACUGAUAGUGAAGGUCAGGCUGCAUGCCAAGUUUGUCCCGAAGGUUACUACUGUAUCCCAGAGCUAGUAGUGGAAGGUGAUGCAGGAACUACCAGUUGGUCCUGCCCUCAGGGUUACUACUGUCCCAACGGCACUGGUCAUGACUGGCAGCCAUGUCCUGCAGGAAGCUUUGGCAAGACUGGAGGACUCACCAACAUUCUGGAGUGCACUCCUUGCGAUGCAGGCUCAUACUGCCAGGGGGUGAACCUGACCUCACCGACUGCCUUGUGUGCUAGGGGAUACUAUUGUGUCUCUGGAUCCGACAGGCCCAAUCCACUUUACCUCAAUGACAGUCAGUGUCCCACGGAUACUGUCCACCCAAUCAUCGGUCAUAUCUGUCCGGAGGGCCACUUCUGCGUGGAAGGAUCAGAAUAUCCUGAAGGAUGUCCUGCGGGAACGUACAACGACCUGCCGGGUGCAUGGGAGUGCGAAGAUUGUCCUGUAGGAUACUACUGCUAUGGCAACACAACAGAUUACCAAGCCAAUGAAUGUCCAUCAGGAUACUACUGUGAGCUGAACACCCCCGAUCCUUACGCCUAUCCAUGCCCACCGGGUACCUUUAACAACCUGACCAUACAGCAUAGCCAAGCGGCAUGCGUUGACUGCUUGCCUGGAUGGUAUUGCGCUGGCUAUGGUAACUCCCAUCCUACCGAUGAAUGCGACGAGGGCUGGUACUGCAGCGGCGGAGCUAAUGAGAGCCAGCCAUCUACCAAUGGAGGAGAAUGUCAGCCAGGGUACUUCUGCCCCCGCGGCUCCGGAGCUCCUGAACCCUGCACAGCAGGCCAAUACUGCGACCUGGCCGGCCUGGCCCACCCUACCAACUCCUGCGACCCUGGCUACUACUGUCCGUCGGGAUCGUCCGACCCUCGCCAGGAGGACUGUACGGUUGGUCAUUACUGUCCCGAGGGAAGCAGUCUUCCGACGCCCUGCUCUAACGGGACGUACAAUCCAUCGUUGAACCAGGACGAGUUUGCGGACUGCCUGCCUUGUCAAGGAGGGUUUUACUGUAAUGAGACGGGCGCAAGUACGACCAGUGGAGAAUGUGCUGCCCAAUACUAUUGUCCACCCGGUCAAGUUACUCCAACGCCAGGAGACUACCUGUGUCCGACCGGUCACUACUGUGUGGCUAAUCUCGCAACACCGACCCGCUGUCAGGACGGAACAUACCAGGAUGAGAUGGGCAAAGACUCUUGCCUCACUUGUGAAGAAGGCUACUUCUGUGACAACACCCUGUAUGCUGUCAGUGACCUGUCCAACGCUUCCUGUCCAGCCGGCUACUACUGUCCAGCGGGAACCAAGAGGGCUAACCAGUUCCCUUGCCCAUCAGGGACCUACAACAACCUGACCAACGCUGUCAAUGAUUCUUGGUGUACUGAGUGUCUCGCAGGGUUCUUCUGCCAGACGCCUGGUCUGAGUGCCCCUGAGGACGAGUGCUACCCGGGCUACUACUGCUUGGCUGGUGAGGACAACCCUACCCCCAACCCCUGUCCAGAGGGUAACUACUGUCCCUCUGGUAGCUACAAGCCUACACCCUGUCCAGCCGGAACGAUCUCUAGCGGUACGACCAAUGAGAACGUAACGGACUGUGCACCAUGUGACCCGGGAAGGUACUGCACUGCAAACAGCUCUAGCAAUGGUGUAACACUGCCCUGUGAUGCUGGCUAUAUCUGCACCGGUGGCUCGGACACACCAACUCCUGGGGACAUUGCCAUCGGGUACACCUGUCCUCAAGGCCAUUACUGCGAGGCGGGCGCAACGAAAGAAAGGCGAUGCGAUCAGGGAACCUACGCUCCGUCCGUCAACCACGGAGAAUGCCUCCUCUGCCCAGAAGGAACAAGCUGUCCAGAGACUGGCAUGAACUUCACCUUACCAUGUCCUGAAGGGUAUUACUGUCUACCAGAGACCAGAGAUAAUGGAACACCAUGCCCACUUGGUACCUUCAGUAACAUCACUGGUCUAUCCAACGAGAGCCAAUGCCAGGCUUGCUUUGCCGGCAUGCACUGCAACGAGACCGGUCUCGCCUGGCCCUCAGGGUUCUGUGAAGCCGGUUUCCUCUGUAUCUCCGGAGCGAUGGAGUCGGCUCCAGACGAUGGCAUCAAUGGACCUUGCCCCACAGGAGCUUACUGUGAAGAAGGUGUGACAUCUGAGGCUCUCUGUCCGCCCGGUACUUUCAACCCAACCCGCGGCGGUCAAAACAUCAGCGACUGCCUUCCAUGUACCUCGGGCAAGUUCUGUGGAACCAGCGGCCUAUCGUCCCCGACAGGCUGGUGCCGCGAAGGGUAUUACUGCCCCAGCGACGCCGAGGUGUAUGACAAUCGCCCAAGCGAGUUUGAGUGCCCAGCUGGUCACUUUUGUUUGAAUGAUACAGCCACGCCCUAUCCGUGUGAACCUGGUACCUACCAACCAAACACAAGAUCUAUCGACUGUCUGGUCUGCCCUGAGCGGUACUACUGUCUGCAGAAUACCAGCCACCCUGAGCCAUGCAGCCCCUACACCUACUGCCCCGAAGGCUCACCAGCACCCAUCAACUGCCCCAACGGAACGUACACCAUGGACAACGUGACGCACCUGGCUGCAGCCGAUGAAUGCCAGUAUUGCCCUACGGGAUCAUACUGUCUUGGCGGACGCAUCGCUGGGCCAUGCUCUGCAGGAUAUCUGUGCUACAGUGGAUCUGACACUCCCACACCCGAUGGUAGCGACCCAACUGUUGGAGAAAUCUGUCCCUUCGGUUUCUACUGCGAAGAAGGUGCCGCAAAUGUAUCGGCCUGCGAGCCUGGCAAGGUCAUAGCCUACGAGGGCGCCAUGAGCGUCCUGGAAUGCCAGCUGUGCCCUGCGGGAUACAUCUGCUCCGUGGACAACGUCCUGCCGCAACCGUGCACGCCGGGAUACUACUGUGAGUUCGACGCAGACCGUACACCCUGUCCCAACACCACCUAUUCUUCAGAAUCUGGGGCAACUAACAGCAGUACCUGUCAACCGUGUCCUGCUGGCUUUUGGUGUAACGAACCAGCUUUGACAAACUACACCAAGGUGCCAUGUCCUCUAGGGCACUACUGUCCUACAGCCACAGACGAACCCAUGCCAUGUCCACCAGGAACUUACAGGAGUCUCCUCGGCGCUGAAGAUGAGUUGGACUGUUUCAUAUGCCCACCAGGGUUCUACUGCCCCAACGACACGGCUAACAUCUACGAGAUUGAAUGCGAUGAAGGACAGUUCUGUCCCGAAGGUUCUUGGGCUCAGAGAGAUUGCCAACCAGGUUAUUACUGUAACCGCUCUAUGACGCAAGAGAAGUGUCCAGCCGGGUACUACUGUCCAGUGCGGUCACCUUACCCCGUCCAGUGUCCAGCCGGUCACUACUGCGGCGAAGAAUGUGGCUACCUGAAUGAUACCGGACCCUGCCCUGGUUCAAUUACGCCCGUCAUCUGUCCACUUGGUUAUCGGGAGAAGGAAGGCUCCAGACGAAGCACCUUCGAAAACACCUGCGAGGUCUGCCCGGCCGGUUACUAUGGCAACAUGCCCGACCGUGCCAACUGCACCAUCUGCGAGGCGGGCGUGGUCUGCCUGGAGGGCGCCACCACCGACUACCCGCUCGACAACACCACGAUGCACGGCGUGAACUACACCAACUCCUUCCCCUGUCCCGUGGGGUACUACUGCCCCGAGGGUUCGUCGGCGGCCUCGCCGUGUCCAGUCGGGACGUUCCGGAGCGCGGAGUACGCCGUGGCGGCAUCGGAUUGCCUGGUCUGUGGGGUGGAUCACUUCAACCAUCUGACCGGUCAGCAGGGUUGCUUCCAUUGCGGUAGUCAGGCUACGACGGAAGGAGCUGUUGGGUCUUCGGAGUGUACUUGCAACGGCGCCAAUCAGGAAUUCCAGUUCACUGACCGUCAGUGCAUCUGUCAGCAUGGAUAUUCCCUGAGGGCCGACGGGAACACGGAGACCUGCACCAAGACGGUCUAUGAGCAAUGCGAUGAGGGAACCUACAGGAACCAGCAGGGACAGUGCUGGACGGAGUCAGAGUGGGAAGAUUACUGUAUGAAUGAGCAAUGUCAAACCCCUGAGGACUAUAUUGGUUUCGUCAGGGGAAACCCCAACGACUGUCAAUGCCAAACUGAAGAUCUAGAGGAAGUCUGUAACCGAGAAUGCCAGGUCGCUCAGGAGAACCGCAUCACUUUGGUCUGCUCCGACCCAGCCUACAUCAGGAUCACAGAUGAGAACGGAAAUGAGACGACGUUUGCAGCUGAUUCCCUGUCUCGGAUCAUCAACUCCCGUAACUCUCUGACCACGGACCAGUGUACCGCUCUGGACGGUCACACGCAGAAGAUCAACCUCAUCGUCACUUUCGAUGGUGGCUUUACCGGGGCUUAUGAUCCUAAUGCAGAGGACGUUUCCAACCUUCUUCAGGACAACUCCAAGGAUAGCGUCGUCGUCGUUGCCAGCAACGAUUCCGAUAACAACGUCUCCCGUCGACGACGAUCGGUCGACUUGGGAUUCAACGCUACUAGGUUGGACGGGCGUCGCCGGCUGAUGGCGUCGGUUGAAGACCCGUCCGGUGGAACGUAUACCGGUAUCACCAACCCAACGGUGUGUUUGAGAUAUGGAGAAACCAUGCUGUUCACCGUGGAUAAUAACAAUUAUCCAGUUUAUGAUAGGGAGAAUCUUUAUAACACCAAUGAGAAGUUUGACUACGGUGGUUUUAGAGAGUUGGCCGAGCAGCAGAGUCAGGUCCUGACGAGCACGACUCUCUUCGCCUAUCAGUUUGUCGACCCUGGUGUCUACGUUUUCACACUCAAUAACAAUACAGCCAAGAAGAUGUACAUCCGUGUCAUGGCGGAGAACGCCCAGUGUUCCGAGGAGGGACCGUUCUUCCCGUCCACACCGAGGUACAUCAUCCAGAAUGGUAUCGCCUUGGAGUCCGGUAUCCUUCUGGCACCGGACUGGAUCACCAUCGGUUUGGUUCUAGGACUCUCUGUUGUUCUGUCCAUCCUACUUAUCAUUGCUCUGAUGUUGUUCCGCAAGUACGGCUGGAACAAGCAGCGGUACGUCAGGCCAAAGUUCCGCAACCUGACAGCACAGAAUAACUUUGACGAUCUCGCCUCAAAGGGAUCCACGGUCCACCAUACCAAGAAAUACCACCGAGCUCUCGAAGGACAGAAUAUGGAGAUGGAAGAAGGGGCUGGUGUACCAGUUGAAGCCAUCCAAGUUAAGAGCGAUGACUUCUGGGACUACGACAAACAGGUCGACCUCGAGGGAUUCACAACCACCGACUUCUACGACCACCUCUCAAGGCAAUCGCGUCAUGUGACCAGUGAACUCGGCAGACAGAAAGAUGAGGCUAAGGCCCUCUAUCAGCAACUAGCAAACCAAGCCCAGUCACUCAAAGGAUUAUGGGUAGCGAAGCUGAACCUAAAGGGCAAGGCUGCCCUCGCUACCGAGGCUGAUCUCGCUGCAUAUGACUCUAAAAAUGCAGAGCUUGAGUUGGAGCUGGAGCGUCGCCGUGAGCUUGGAAUGAGGAUGGAAACGUAUCUGAAGAGACAAGCGGAUAUCUUGAAGGAUGAUGAUAGAUGCAGAGAAGAACACCAGGUGUCCUUCUUGUCUGGUCUCAGCGAAGCAACCCGUCUGAUGAAUGAGUAUUCUGAGAAGCUUUCUGCCGGUGGAGAAUCCCUGGAGAGAGAGUUUGAUAACUCGAUGCAAAACCAUACUAUCCGACGUGUUGGCGCCCUCUUGAGUCGCAUGUCCCAAGAGGUAUCUGCGGAGUGUCAGAGGAUAGGAGCUUGGGGUGUCCUAGGUCAAGGUUCCGGAGGUCUUCUGGUAGUACCCGGAACUGACAACACACCUCUUCCUAGGGAAGAACUGUUCGGUGCUGAUGGCAAACUGCAGCAGACGGAGGUGACCAAACGAGACCCGACCACGGGUCUAGUCGUUCCGGUUCCAGGAUCUCUGAUGCUGACCGCCAACGGAGAGGUCAGGAGGGUCAAGGCCAACAUGUUUGUCCAUCCUCAGACCGGUCACGUCCUACCGAUGAAUGGCAACGUCUCCUAUGACACCAUGACUUCACGGUUGAUCGUGGUAACGGAUACAUCGUCAACCGAGCUUCCACGAUCAGACGAUGGCGUCCUGCCCUUCGUGCCCUACCCCAUCGACCCCAACUCCGGCCUCCCGGUCCAAUCCCUCAUCACUGAAGCGGAGCAUGCCGGUGAAAUCAAACUGGGCGCGGCCAUGUCGGACCCUGCCACCGGUCUCCAGUGCCCAAUCCUCGCCAUCACCAUCCACCCUGAGACGGGCGUGGCCUAUCCCCUCUGCGGCACACAUAUCGACCCUGUGACCGGACUACCGCUCCCCAUCGAAGUCGGGUCACUCAUGGUGGAUCCAACCAGCGACCAGCCAGUGCCGAUCUUGGAUGUUUCUAUUGAUAUCGAGACAGGUGAUGUGAUACCUAUCGGUGGUGUCCAACAAACACUGACCGAUGCCCACGACGCCUACAGCCCGAUGGUCAUGUCUGACAAGUUUGUUGAGCCUGUGAGCAUGCUGACGGCCCGUAUAGGGGGCGUCAGACUGGAAGGGUCGGAGGUGACUCCUACCGGUGGAAGCUACCAGUCCCUCCUGGAUGCUAGCUUGAUGCUUUGUGAGAUCCAAGUCCUGGAGAGGAUGAAGACGUACCUUGAUAACUUGAUGGGACCCGAUGGAGCCAACUGCCGCCAUGAGCAGAAUCUCCUGGAGACCGCGGUGAAGGACAUGACGGCCGUCAGACAACGCUCCAGGACUCACGUCAUCAGGGACGCUCUGGAUGUCGAAAGGAGAGCUGAGAGGGCUAACAUCCUGGCUGUUAGUGGUGGAACUCCUGGUAUGUACGAGUUUGCAGAGACAGGUCAGCUUCUCCCAAUCCUGGUCGGUACCCUCAUGUCCGACCCAGCUGGGUCGGGUCAAAAGGUGCCAAUUUUAGGAGUAGGCAAGAAUCCAGAGACCGGCCGUCUGAUGCCACUCGGCGGCACCAUGGAAGACCACGAAGGAGACGGACUUGUACCUAUCAUGAUCGGGCACAAGGCCAUUGAUACAGUGACCGGUGACCUCAGCCCGGUGACCGGUGUCCGCAUCAACGCAGAGAAUGGAACAGUGGUUCCCGUCACCCUCUCGGGAGGAGCCAAGAAAGCCAAGCCCCCACUGGGAGCCGUGUCCAUGAUUGAAGACGAGCUUGUUGCUAGGCGUGGCUUCUGGCGUCGUCAACGUCAGCGGGAGGAGGAGAUGGUCUCAGUGGAAUCUCAUCUCACCCAUCAGCUCAUGUUAGAGAUCGAGAAUCUUGCUCCAAACAAGGUUGAAGAGGCCCUUGAAUCCUUAGCUGAGCAGGCCAAGACGGUAGAGGACUACCAGCGAAGGGAGGUCGAGAGGAGAUCAGAGGCUACGGAAGAGCUUGGUAACAUCCUACCAUCAUUCAUCAUGGCGAUACUCUCACAGGGUGAUGAACCUGAGAGAUUAGCCGCAGAGAAGCACAACGUUGCACACACCAAGUACAACGACACAGUGCGCAAGUUCCACAACAGAUUACAGGCUGAAGAGGCUAAAUACAAAGAGAGGAUGGACGAAUUGAAGGAUGCAUUGAACCCUGAUGCCGAGGCCGGUGCCCUCCAUCGUUACCGCCAGGCCAAGGCUAGGCUCCUGUCGGAUCUCAAGGACCAGCUGAUGAGCAGGACUGAGAAUAUUGAUGAGGACAGGGCGUCUAUGGAUUACAGGAGGGAGCGGAGUGAGCUGCUGACACUCGAGGCAAAGGCUCUCCUGACGAAUGCAAUCUACAUCGCUGGAACCUAUGAUGCUACCAUCACCGGAGUCUACGGCGACACCACGGCAACGGAACAGUCUAGCCGAGAGGUCAUCCCUCUUCUCAAGCAGCUGAUUGCGAUGUUGGAACGAGGAUCGACCUUUACCCUCUCUGCUGAGCUCAUCCAAGGCUUACAAGGGGGAGGAUCAACUUCUGUCACUGUUGGAGGUGCUAAUAGCAUCAUCAACCGCAGUAUCGCCCAGGGAGCUAACUACAGCGUCAACGUCAACCAACAACAAGGUUACAUGCCACCAGGUCAGCCUGGUGGCAAGACUACCAUCAAUCUACUCCAAGCUGCGCCGGACUCCAGGCCACAGACGGCAGCUGUAAGCUCUCAUGAUAUCAGAAGUAAGCUAGUCGUUCAGGACACGCUGCAGUCAUUGACAGAGGAAAGCAAGACGGAGAUGGCCAAGACACUCGUCGAGAGACAGACGCUUGAAUGUGUGAAACUAGAAGAAGAACUGAGAGGAGAGGAGAUCAAGUCUAUCAAUGCUAUUAUUAAGUCACAUGAAGAGCAGAAGGAAGAGAAAACUAAGAUAAUGAAGGAAGAACUCAAGGCUAAACUUCAAGAAGCCAAGAAUGAACAGGAGAAAGAGAAACUCAUCGAAGACUUCAUUAUACAGUCCACCAAGGUUUCAUCAAGUAUCGAAGCCGAGAAGCAGAAGCAGUUGGAGAAUCUUCGGAAGAAACUUGGCGAGAAGAGAUCCCGCAAGAAGAAGGAGCUUCACAGCAAACAUCUCCUGGAGGCCAAACAGGAGGGUCUCAGUGAGGACAUUGUUCCCGAGAUGACCGUUGAGGACGAAGAUCACCAGGCCAAGCUCCAGAGGCUUCUCAUGCUUCAGCAGAACAAACUCAUCGCUCAGCUUCAACAGGCUUAUCUGGAGGAUGAUUUGGAGAUGGAAGAGAAGAGGAAUAAUGGAUUUGAUGAGGACAUGGAGGAGAGGAUGAGAAAAUUCAAUCUUAGUAACAGACCCAAGAUGGCUGCCGUUAUUGAUAAUAUGCAAUCACAAUCGUCGACAACAAGGAAGACGAACUCCAACAUGAAAGACAAGAUGAGAAACAGGAUGAAAGGAAGGAGAGCGACCAAGUCAGCCAAAGACCUCUUACCGUCGGGCUUGGAUCCAGAGAGCACCAUCGCUAUGGAGUUCCUUGCUGCUGAUGCAGCUCAAGAGGAUACCGAUGGUGCCCGUGGAAUCAGUGCUGCCAUGGAGGUCCUCUCAGAUAUUGCCAAGGAGAAACAACUCAAAGAGAUGGACCAAGCAAUCCAGGAAAUACUCGCUGAGGAAGCCGAAGAGCUGACCGCGGAGGAGGAGAAACUCCUGGAGGAUUACAAGGCGAUCGUCGCGAGCACCGAGGAGAAGCUGAGUGACUCCAAGCAGGAGCAACGAGAUCAUCUGAUGGCUAAGCUCGCUGCGAGAAAGAGAUUGAAGGAAGAGGUGCUGAAGGAGGAAGCGGUUGCUAAGGAACUGGAGCAUCUCAGCAAACAACAGGUACUGCGAGGCAAUAACGAAGGCCAAGAUGCGCUCAGUGAUGUCCACGACAGGGCUAAUGAUGACGAGGCAGUGUUCAAGAAAGACAAACUCUUGGAGAACCAGCAGCAUCGCCAGGAGGCCCUGGAGAUCAGCCAACAGACGGAGCUGAAGCGCUCCGCCAAGGAGCUGGAGGAGGAGCGGGCCUGCCUUGAGGGAGCCGUUGACAGUCAGCUCCAAGGCCAGAAGAAGGAAGUGUUGGCGAGGAAGCAGCAGGCAUUUGAGAAGGAGAUGCUUCUGAAGGGGAAACAGCUUGAUAAGGAUCAGUCCAAGGAGAUCAUCGAAAAACAUCAGAAAGAGAUGGAGCUCCUGUCACAGAGCAUGGAUGACGAGAAGAACCGUCAACGAGCGGCCAUUGCUGAGCGGAUCGCUAAAAGGAAGCAGCAGAAAGAAGAAAGUUUGAAACAGAUGCACUCUGCUGAGAUGAAACAAGAACUACUCAAACAGCGAGCUGAGAGAGAUGAGCUGGCUGAUAAACAGCACAAGGAUGUCGAACGUGACGCCUUGGUGGAUGCCCUCAACACGGACAAGACUUCAAAGGCUGAGAAUGUCAUCUACAGAGUGCUUAGGCAACGGCAUAUCAAGGAACAGGUCCACCAGGAAGAGCAGAUGGAGCAGGAGAAGGAGGUGGAGAUGGCCCGUAUCAAGGCCAAGGCGACGGAACAGCUCCAGAAGGACCGGGAUGCCCUGGUGGAGGCCCAGCAGAAGGAGUUCUUGGAGCUGGUAGCCAACUCAGGCUCCAUGUCUCCUGGGGAGCUGGAGGAUAAGAAGGAGGCCUUGCAGAGACAGCAUAAGAAACAACUUGCUGAGUUUGAUCGUGGCUCCGCCCAGAAGAUAGAGCAGGCCAUGAAGGAUUGUCUACCAGCCCUAGAGGUCAAGCAGGCUCAGUCCCGUCUCGCUCUCCGAGAGAAACAGCUUCAAGAACUUGCUGAAGCCAUGAGAGAUCUCUCUCCAGAAGAGGCGCUUGUCCAGCAAUACACCGAGCUGGCCGAGAAGGCAGCGGCCGAUGCGCAGAAGUUCCGACAGACCAAGGUUGCCGAGAUGCAGGGAGAGCUGGACCGCAUCAAGGCGGAGAAGAAGAGGAGAGACGAUGCUAGAAAGGCCAAGAUGGAGCAGGAAGUUGCUGCCUUGGAAGCGGAGCUGGAGAAUGACAGGAUCCGUGAGGAGGAGCGAGAGAGGAAGCGACAGCUGGAGAAAGAGAGAGCCAAGGAGAAGCAGAAGGAGGAGGCGGAGAGGCGUCUCCAGCAGGAGCUGAAACACAGCGAAGGCAAUGAAGCCGCCAAAGAGAAACUCCUCCAAGAGCACAACGAGAACAUGAAACGCUUUGAGGAGAACUUCCAGAAGGACCAGCAGAGGAACGCCGACAGGACCAAGGCUAGGCUGGAGGCCAGGAAGAAGAAGAAGCAGGAGCAGGAGAUGGCCCGCAUCCAAGGAGAGAUAAGGAACCAGAGUGAUGUAGAUGAGAGGAGGACGCAGGAUCAGAUGAAUCUCAUUCAACAGAAAGGUGCGUCCGAGCUGAACCAGAACAGCGUAAACGCCUGGCGUCCCGAGACCCCUGGCGACUGGGCUCAGAGGAUAGAGGACGGGUUGAACGAGAAGCCUGACCUCCCCGAGGGUGUCAACCAGGCCAUGUACUCUGCUCUCAUGGCUUCACCAUUCUUCACUGAUCUUAAAGAGAUCGAGGAGAUGCUCAAGGAUACCCUAGGAUUCAAGGACGGUGUCAAAGGUGCUGUUAACGAUGCAUUCAUUGACCUGAAGGAUGCGCAAUGGAUUCUGGGUAGUGAAAUCACCCCUCUAGACAUCGACAGCAUCUCACCGAGCCAGUUUGUCGUCUACCGCUUCGGAGUCUUCGUCACCCGCCUCCUCCGCCUGACGCUACGCAUGCCCGAGGUGACACUUCUCCUGGCGUCGUCGCUUCCGCAGAACGACUACAAACGCAACAUGUUCAGGCACUCAUUCUUCUACCAGCACGCUAAGAAGAUCUUGUUCGUGCGUCACGAGAGGCUGGAUUCUGUCGGAGAGUUUGUGAUGGUCAUCGUGCAUUGUCUGGCUCAUAUCAAGGUCAACGACCUCACGGACGACACCAACCCAUAUUUCCUAAGAGAAUUCUUCAAGGGAAUGAAAAUGAUUUGCCAAGACAUGUUCUUCUCCCGGGCCAAGAUCACUCAGGGUGCCAGAGCCCUGGUGGGAGGCAUGAUGCCUAAAGGAAAGCGCCCUCUGGAGGCACUGCUCAAACAGGGCAAGGGAGGCAACGAGAAGGCUGCUGUCGUUACAGAGCUCAUUGAUACCAGGGUCAAGCACACUGACAAGGAUGACUUCACGAAGGAGAACAUCAAGGAGCGCAUCACCGAGGAGCAGGAGGAGUCUUCCAAGGCAAGGCUGAGGGAAUACAUGGUGACACACGGAGGGUUCAAAUCAACCUCAGACUUUGUCGAGACGAGACUCAAAGAACUCAGAGGGACCAAGACUCAAGGAGACGAUGGGAGGAGACCUACCAUCCAAAUCACGGGAACUUCGAGUCUGAAGAGCCAACGUGAGCUCAUCGACUUACAGAUCAAUCAGACCAACACUCACCUAGACCAACUCAACAGCCAGCUGGCCAAGACGAUGCUGGAUCUCCAGGCCGCCCGGGAAGGCAUCAAGCGAGCUGAGGAGGGCCCCCAGGCAGCCGGCGAAGGCGAGAAGGCUGCGGACGUCCUCCGCAUGCAGGCGUCGGCGCUGGACAUGAAGAUCACCAACCUGACGAAGAAGAUCGAUCAGGUGGAGGCGGAGCUUGCGAAGAAACGCAAGGAGAAGGAAGCAGCUUCGUAAUUAAGUCAACGGCACUACCCUCCAGCGGGGCCUGCAGGCUUUGUUGCUUGGUGAACUUUCUCUAAUCAUCGCUUCUCAAUUGCUCUUAUUGAUAGUUAAUCAUCAUGUAAAAACACCUUACAAUUCAGUGUCGAAUGUUUUCAUUAUCCAGGAAGAUAGAGAACACUGCAUUGUAUUUGACUUCAACAAUAUUUGCAGAUAUUUGUCUCCUGUCUGCAUUCACCUUAACUUGAUGAAAGCCUUAUUUUUUUUACCACAAAAUCAAUUGCAUUUUUGUACUUUAAAGUGCCAGUCCUAUUUGACAAAAGGAUUAUGACAAUGAUGAUGCAUCAUAACUUUGAUAUUUGUAGGUUCAUCCCGAUAAAUUAUUCACCACUAUGUGAAUACAAUUGUCUCUACAAAACUCACACAUGUACAUACUAUUUUCAGCACAUGAAUUUUUAUUCACAUGGUGAAUUCUUAAUUAUGGAUCAUGAUCCUAAAUUGUAUAUUCAAUCAAUGAUCAAGUAUUUGAUUGAAAUAAUACCUAUUGACCAAAUUUUGUAUUUCCAUCGAUCAACGUCUCUUGGUGCCUUUUUAAAUGUGUAUACCAUUCAUUCCUGUAUAUCUCCCGUCCUUUUUUACCGUUUGUGUGAUACUGUGACGUCCAGAUUAUCUUUAUUUAUCACAAAGAACAAAGGAUAUACCUAGUAAUGAAUAUUUUCACAAAAGAACACAGCUAUGUGAGAUUUGUAUAUAUUUAAAUCAUUUGUGCAAAGAAUAUAAUGAUAUCAACUUAGUAUAUAUUUUAUAUGUAGAUAUUUUGUGUGUGUUUGUAGUGAAAAUUUUGUGCAGUUUGUUCAAAAAUAGACUAUCAUAUUUAUAUCUUCUUUAAAAACUUUAUGAAGAGUUAGGUGAAAAAUAUGUUUGUGUUUGUGUCAAAUAGAAUAAGUGGUAGAGAACCAUUAUUCACAUUGGAGAAUGAUGCACCAAUCUGUAGUUAUAUUAUUUCUUGGUAUUUGCAGAACAGUUUUGUUGAAUAAAAGAAAGAAUGAGAAAACUUCUCAACAGAUCUACAUGUAAAAUUAUUGUAGCACAUUUGCAGACUCAUUUUGUUAGAAAUAUAUCGAUUUUUUUAGUCAGUUAGUACCUGGUAUGUGUGUGUGUGAUAUUGAAUGCAUGUAGAGUAAGACGAUAUUGUGAAAUUUUCUUCUUUGCAUUUCCCACCUAUUCAAAAAAGUAUGGAGAUUAUCUGCUCACAGAAUUUAUGACUUUUAAACAGCUGUUGAGAAAUUUCGCUCUAGUGCCCACACGCUCAGCUAGUCAAAUUCUUUUGAAAUAUUUAUGCCAUGAAGUAUAAGUUGUGAGGGAAAAUUGCUGUGGCUGGCAUAGAUGGUCAGGUAUUUAUAUUUAAUCUUGGUUUGGUUAGUUUAUUUUUAGCUUUUCAUCUGAUGCCCUGAUAUUUCCGUCCAGAGUUUGUUAUCAGUUUUUAGUUCAGAAAAAAAGGGGGAUGUAAUUUUUGUAUUAACUCAUCCAAUCAUGUAUGUCCAAUCAUAAAAUCAAAUUGUUGAGAUGUACAUGUACCUGUACCAAGUCUAAAAUUGUUGUUCAAUAAUUUUAAUGAUUUAUUAAGUAAUAAUUUAGCAAUAUUAAAUGUCAUUAUGGGAUCAUUUAGAUGAAAUACAAUCAUAUCACAGAUGCAAUCUCCUGUAUGUACUUGUUCAUUUAUUUAAAUGGAGAUUAAAGAAAAUGUUGUGAAAUAAUAGCCCAGUAUCAAUUGUUAUCAUGGGAUCAUUUAUGAUAAAAUAAUGUCACAAAUUCACAGCUCAAAUAUGCACUUAUAUUCUAUUCUGUAAUUAAUCAGUGUUGAUCGGAAUUCAUAUUUCAAUAUUGAUCGAUUUAAUCAUGUCUGAUACUCAGAAGCAAUAAGAGAAUCACCUCAUUAAAUAUAAUUAAUGUAAUAUGAAUCAUGUGUCUUAUUAAAGAUGAGAUCUGAUCUAAUUCGCAAAGUAAUCUCUCUGCAAGGAACAAUUUCCAGAAAAUGAAAAAUCACCUUGAACUGACCAAAUUGGCCAAACAUUGGAUAUAAAUCAAUCACCUUGAAUGUUAAUUCCACUGCAUUUUACAAUAACAAAUGAAUAAUUUAUACAUUGUCUUUCAAAUUUACUAUAUUCUUUUUAUGAUUUCAAAUGAUUUGUGUAUCACUUGUGCGAUGUUCUGUCGUUAUUUGGAGAUGAAACGAAAAGAAAACCACCAUAUUUACUUCCAAUUAUGUUUAUCUAUGUAUGGCGAUGACGUAAGGAGAGCGAAAAUGGAAAAAAAACUUUUCUCUUUAAAGUUGAUUUUGUAAUAACUUAAUACAAUUAUGGAUUGUUUAUAUUGCUUACUCUUAGUUGUCGUAUUUGAAUUUAAUAUUUUCCUUUUCUGUGUGCCGAACAUCGAAGGAAAUGUUGUAUUCUGUCGAGUGUUUUGUGAAACAAAUGGUCGGUUUCACUGACAAAUUUGCUCUUAGCCAAUCAGGAACAAGCAUUUUGGUAGUUUAUAACAACAGUCAGUGUAAAGCAAAGACUUGUUGUUUCAUGAAACGCUCCCCUGUAUGUGUAAUGAACUUUUUUUUAAUUCUUCCAAUUUGUGUUUGAUUGCUGUAUACUCCUUGAUCAAAUUUAAUAUCACUUUUUUCUAUGCAUUCCAUGAUUUUACUUGUAGAGCUGUAUAUUAGAAAUAAUAUGAAUACUUGUAUAUUUUACGAUUCAUUGGAAUUACUCAGAAAUUUAUUAUAUUUGAAAUUCAAAGAACAAAUCUAUACAGAAUCUAUGUAUUCAGAAAAGUCUGUCGAUAAUUAUCGUGUUUAUCUGCAUAUUUUUGAAAAAUUUUGUAUGAUAUGAGUGCAUUUUCCGUCCUAUUUCAUGUACCUUGUUUUGUUUGUUUUUUUCUUGAAAAUAAAUAAAAGCAUCUGUAAUAUACAACUGUA